AUGGCCCUGCUCCGAGAAUUAAUCAGGUUGUUUCUCCUGCGUUUCUUGCAGAGUUCUUCGGAUGCUGCUUACAUUGCGAGACACGUUGGGUUGCGCGUCGGAGUGCCGACCCCGGUUCCGGCCCUAACGGUGAACAGGCUCUGCGGGUCAGGUUUCCAGUCCAUUGCCAGUGGGUGCCAGGAAAUCUGCCUGAAAGAAUCGGAGGUGGUGUUGUGUGGCGGAACGGAAAACAUGAGCCAGUCUCCAUAUGCAGUCCGGAACAUCCGCUUUGGAACAAAAUUCGGAACCGACCUGAAGAUGGAAGACACCUUAUGGGCAGGGCUGACGGAUCAACACAUUAAAACCCCGAUGGGCGUCACAGCUGAAAAUCUAGCCGCAAAAUACGACAUCACGAGAGAAGACUGUGAUCGCUACACAGUGAAGACUCAGGAGAGGUGGAAGGCGGCUCACGAAGCAGGUUACUUCAAGGCGGAGAUGGCACCGAUUGAAGUGAAAACCAAGAAGGGGAAACAGAGUAUGGAUCGAGAUGAACAUCCCCGACCAGAGACGACAGUGGAGCAGUUGGGAAAGCUCCCUACGGUAUUCAAGAAAGAUGGGACUGUCACUGCCGGAAACGCCUCGGGAGUCUGCGAUGGUGCCGGAGCAGUGAUAAUUGCGAGCGAAGAGGCCGUCAAAAAGCAUAGCCUCACCCCCCUGGCCAGAAUAGUAGCUUAUCAUGUGUCUGGCUGCGACCCCAACAUCAUGGGCAUUGGUCCAGUACCUGCCAUUACUGAAGCACUGAAGAAAGCCGGCCUUUCUCUGAAGGACAUGGACUUGGUUGAGGUCAACGAAGCUUUUGCUCCGCAAUACUUAGCGGUCGAGAAGGUUCUGGGUCUGGACCCUGAGAAGACAAAUGUCGAUGGAGGAGCCAUCGCCCUGGGUCACCCGCUGGGGGCCUCAGGUUCGAGGAUCACUGCUCAUCUUGUUCAUGAACUAAGGCGCCGUGGAGGUAAAUACGCCAUUGGUUCUGCUUGCAUCGGAGGUGGCCAAGGGAUAGCCGUCGUCAUUCAGAAUACAGCCUAAAAGCGGCCUUCCUGGAGUCUUCAGUGUCUCAACGCCGAACUCUCCGUCAGCUGUUACAUGUUCGCCAGAAGUAUAAAGAGGGAGGAAAGCAGCCCAACGUUUUCUGAUUCAGAGGAGGACUAUCCUAAACCGUCCGGGACAGUAAACAACCAACCGCAAAGUCUGAUUUUUAUUUCCUUUCUCAAAUGAAAAUAACUAGAUAAUUUCAAAUUCAGCUGCCAUAACUUUACUACCUCUUGCUGAGCGUAAAACAAAAUUGAUCUCGGAAUAGGGAUUUUUCUUGAAGAAAUACUAGCCUGCCAAGUAUCUACUCAACAUGCCUUACAGCCCAGGUGGGAGCCCGGCGGUCCCGUAACCAUAGUGUUUAUCAGCACUGUUGUUUCCUCUCAGGUGGAUUGUCUCACUGGUACUUUUGCAUAAAUGCACACAGAUUUAGGAUCCUUGUAUGGUCAGGAACUGCAAACCUUCGAGGGAGCUAUUAAACAGAUUGUAUGUCAGGCGUAGAUUGUGUUAGAGGUUUAAGAGCUGGGGAACAAAACUGUGAUAAAUCCAAUGUGCCUCUCCUGUCGGAAAAUAAAAAGCAGAAUCU